CGGAAGAGUGUGUGUGCGGAAGAGUGUGUGUAUGUGUGUAAGUCUGUGUGUGAGCCUUUCACACGGAGAUGUUCAUGCUCAUUCGAGAGCCGUCCAACGGAGGAGGUGCUGGAGCCAUGAGCGCACCACAGGAGAGGUCUGCAAAACAGGUGCAGGCUGCCAUCAAGAAGAAGGUGGAGAGGGAAAGGAGACGAAGCAUCGAGCAGGGAAGGCUUGCGGCUGACAUACAGAAUAUGACCCCUCAGCCUCAGAACCGUCAAAGAUCCAAACAGCUCCCUCAGACGGGGACAGCUGAGGCAGCUGAGGCACCUGAGGCAGCAGAGGACAGGGAGGCCUUGGAGGAGAAGCUAGAGGAGAUGAUGGAGGGAUCACAGAGGACACACAUGGAACAAGAGAAGGAGGCCAAUCCUGCAGACCUGCUGCCCAUAGUGGACUCAGUGUUUGGACAGGACAGAGAGCUGAGACCAGAGGAGAUCGAAGAACUUCGUGAGGCAUUUGUGGAGUUUGACAAGAACAAGAAAGGCUACAUCAGCCAUAAAGACCUGGGGGAGUGCAUGAGGACCAUGGGAUACAUGCCCACAGAGAUGGAGCUCAUCCACCUGAGCCAGCAGAUCUGUGGAGGUAAAGUGGACUUUGAGGACUUUGUGGAGCUGAUGGGACCCAAGAUGCUGGCAGAGACAGCCGACAUGAUAGGCGUCAAAGAACUCCGAGAUGCUUUCAGAGAGUUUGACUCUAAUGGUGAUGGCCAGAUCAGUUUGACGGAGCUACGUGAAGCCAUGAAGAAGCUGAUGGGAGAGCAGGUGACCAACCGAGAGAUCAAUGAGAUCCUCAGAGAUGUCGACCUCAACGGAGACGGCCUGGUGGAUUUUGAGGAGUUUGUGCGGAUGAUGUCCCGUUGAUCCGUUGAUGGUCCAUAACUCAGCUGAACAGGCGAUCACGAAUAUGGAUAAGGGAACACACUUCACUGCAGUGAACUUUCAUUUUACUCUUUUAAAAUUAUAUUUUUUUAUAUAAUAUUAGAAAAUAAAACAGUUAACUGCAGUGAAAUCGGAUUUAGAAAUGUAUUUAUUACGUAACUGAUUUUUAAUGUAUUUUUAUAUGCAAAUGUUUGCUCUUUGAGUGUAAAAUCUUGCUUUUAAAAUUGUAAAAAUGUUUUUGUUUUUUGUUAAUAAAUUAAAUGUGUGAAAACUU